GUCCUCUUCACUCUUCUCGCUCGCGUCCACGCCGCCAUGGUCGGCGACGCGACUGCGCUGCUCAGCUCAGGCGUGCACUUCGACUUUGUUGUCGUUGGCGGUGGAACGGCAGGCAACGUCGUUGCGAACCGCCUGAGCGAGAACCCCAAGUGGUCUGUGCUCCUCCUCGAAGCAGGGGGAUCGAAUGCGGAUGUGCUUGAGAUCACGGUUCCAUUCUACUGCACCCGAGCGAGUGCACUAGACACCCCACAGGUCUGGAACUACACAACCACAGCCCAGAGUGGACUCGGCGGUCGUGCGAUUGCCUAUCCUCGCGGGCAUGGCCUCGGUGGCUCGAGUGCAGUCAAUUACAUGGCCUACACCCGUGGAUCCCGGGAAGACUUUGAUCGCUUCGCGGCUGUCACCGGAGACAAGGGCUGGUCCUGGGACAGGCUCGUUCCAUACAUGCGGAAGAACGAGGAUUUCACGCGCCCGACGAAUCAGAGCAGCAGUGGGCACUAUGAUCCCUCGGUGCACGGUUACAAGGGCAUCAACUCCGUGUCCCUCGCUGGUUAUCCGUCUCCAAUUGACACCCGAGUCAUCCAGACCACGGCUCAACUGUCAGAAGAAUUUCCGUUCAACCGCGACAUGAACUCCGG